AUGCAUGCGACCAAAAAACACCAAAUCUCUCACUCCCUAGGUUUUUCUGCGACGGUGAGUUUGAAGUUGCCUUACGACACCGUUGUAGUAGUGAACAAACAGAUAAAGCAGCUUGUAGUAGCAGGUGUCGCAGCCUGUAAUAAUAGGAUGCUACUACAGAGUUCGUUCGCUCACAGCGGCGCCACUACAGGGGCGUUAUCUUCCGAUGGCGCCUUCUCGCAGUGGGCUACUAGCGUCGCGCGCAGCAGCAUCGCAGUGCUCCCGGUGACGCCUUCUCGUAGCGACGGUGUAGGACAACAGCACACAUCGCCGACUGUGACGGCGCAGCACAGCACAGCAAUGGCGACGCUACUGCUCGACACUCACAUCAAGGGGGGCCUCAUAGCGACGUUCAGAGAUACCUCUGAACGUCGCUAUGAGGCCCCCCUUGAUGUGAGUGUCGAGCAGUGGCGUCGCCAUUACUGUGUUGUGCUGCGCCGCGCCGUCAUAGUUGGCGAUGUGUGCUGUUGUCCUACGCCGUCGCUACGAGAAGGUGCCACCGGGAGCACUGCGAUGCCGCUGCGCGCGACGCUAGUAGCCCACUGCGAGAAGGCGCCAUCGGAAGAUGACGCCCCUAGAAGUGAACUUAACAAGAACUUGGAGCUGAGAGCACAGAUCGCUACCAUUGUAACCACUAGUACUGGUACUAUCGCCGCCGCCUGCACCGCCGCUCAUUCGGUGGAGCUGAAAGAAGGAGGAGCUCAUCUCAACUUGAGUUUUAGAACACUUUUAGUGAACUCUCUCUCUCCAGAUGGAGAAGCCCUUCUCUCUCUACUCUCAGCAGCUGAUCCUUAUUACAAAAAAUUGUCGCCAAUACUCUCCUCGUGGAACCCUUCUAGCUUAACUCCAUGUUCAUGGCAAGGAAUCACUUGUUCCCCACAAGAAAGAGUCAUUUCACUUUCUCUCCCAAAUACAUUCCUUAAUCUUUCAUCUUUACCCUUAGAACUUUCUUCACUUUCCUCUCUACAGCUUCUUAAUCUCUCCACUACAAAUAUUUCUGGUUCAAUACCUCCUUCCUUUGGUUCAUUGACUCAUCUUCGCCUUCUGGAUUUGUCUUCCAAUUCACUUUCAGGGCCUAUUCCGCCAGAAUUAGGCCGGUUAACGGCACUUCAGUUUCUAUUCUUGAAUACAAACAGACUCACUGGUACAAUCCCAAAACAACUUGCCAAUCUUUCUUCACUAGAAGUCCUUUGCCUUCAAGAUAAUCUCCUAAAUGGGUCGAUUCCGUCCCAACUCGGGUCUUUAGGCUCUCUCCAGCAGCUUAGAAUUGGGGGUAAUCCAUAUCUAACCGGUGAAAUUCCAUCACAAUUAGGCCUACUUACCAAUCUCACAACAUUUGGUGCUGCUGCCACUGGACUCUCUGGUGUUAUCCCACCUACAUUUGGAAACUUGAUUAAUCUUCAAACAUUGGCACUUUAUGAUACAGAGGUAUUCGGUUCAAUACCGCCUGAAUUAGGUGAGUGUUUAGAGUUAAGAAAUUUGUAUUUGCACAUGAACAAGCUCACUGGUCCUAUCCCUCCUCAACUGGGCAAGUUGCAAAAGCUCACUAGCAUGCUUCUUUGGGGAAAUUCCCUCUCCGGGACUAUCCCCUCUGAACUUUCCAAUUGUUCAUCUCUUGUUGUGCUUGAUGCCUCUGCAAAUGAUUUAUCCAGCGAAAUUCCUGGCGAUUUGGGGAAACUAUUGGUUCUUGAACAAAUUCACUUGUCUGAUAAUGCACUCACUGGUUCCAUACCGUGGGAACUGAGUAACUGCACUAGUUUAACAGCUCUUCAGCUCGAUAAGAACCAAUUAUCAGGCCCUAUUCCAACGCAGAUUGGUGAAUUGAAGUACUUGCAGAGUUUUUUCUUGUGGGGUAAUUCUGUUUCAGGAACUAUACCACCCGCUUUUGGGAAUUGUACAGAGCUUUAUGCGCUCGAUCUCUCAAGAAAUAAGCUUACGGGAUCAAUCCCGGACGAGAUAUUCAGUUUAAAGAAACUAAGCAAGCUGUUGCUGCUGGGGAAUUCUUUAUCUGGAGGAUUACCGCAAAGUGUAGCAAGAUGUCAGUCUCUAGUAAGAUUAAGACUUGGAGAAAAUCAGCUUUCGGGUCAGAUUCCAAAGGAGAUUGGACAACUGCAAAAUCUCGUGUUUCUUGAUUUGUAUAUGAACCAUUUUUCUGGUGGUUUACCUUCUGAUAUUGCCAACAUUACUGUUCUUGAGCUGUUGGAUUUGCACAGCAAUUAUAUGACGGGUGAUAUCCCGCCUCAGUUGGGGGCUCUUGUUAAUUUGGAGCAGCUUGAUCUUAGUAGAAACAGCUUCUCUGGUGAGAUUCCAUGGAGUUUUGGUAAUUUCAGUUACUUGAACAAACUUAUCCUAAACAAUAAUCUGCUCACCAGAGAAAUUCCAAAGUCCAUUAGGAACUUGCAGAAACUAACUCUUCUUGAUUUGAGCUCCAAUAGUCUCUCUGGUCCAAUACCCCUUGAGAUUGGUUAUUUGACAAGCUUAACAAUCAGUCUCGAUUUGAGCUCAAAUCGAUUCACGGGUGAAAUCCCUGAGACAAUGUCCAGUUUGACACAGUUGCAAUCACUAGACCUCUCACGGAACACUCUACAUGGAAAAAUCACAAUUCUAAGUUUUCUCACCAGUCUUACUUCCUUGAAUAUUUCAUACAACAACUUUUCUGGUCCAAUACCCGUGACACCAUUCUUUCGAACUUUAACCUCGAAUUCUUUCAUCGAAAAUUCCCGCCUCUGCGAAUCUCUCGAUGGUGCUACUUGUUCUUCGCAUUUGAUGAGCGGAAAAGGAUUGAAGUCUGCCAAGACUAUAACUUUGGUCGCUGUGAUUGUGGCUUCAGUGACAAUGGCAGUUGUGGCUACCUGGAUUCUAGUGUCUCGAAAUCACAUGUCUGUAGUCGAGAAGUCCGGUUUGUCCAACUCGUCUGGAGAAGAGGAUUUUUCUUAUCCGUGGACUUUCAUCCCAUUUCAGAAGCUGAACUUCACUAUUGAAAACAUCUUGAAUUGCUUGAGAGAUGAAAAUGUUAUUGGAAAAGGCUGUUCUGGGGUGGUUUUCAAGGCGGAGACGCCAAAUGGUGAUUUGAUUGCAGUUAAAAAGCUUUGGAAAACGAAGAAAGACGAAGAACCAGUGGACUCUUUUGCUGCUGAAAUUCAAAUUCUUGGACACAUUAGGCACCGGAAUAUAGUGAAGUUACUGGGAUAUUGUUCAAAUAAGAGUGUUAAGCUACUUCUCUACAACUAUAUACCAAAUGGAAAUCUCCAACAGCUUUUGCAAAACAACAGGAACUUGGAUUGGGAAACGAGUUAUGGGGUGGUUUUACUCGAGAUUUUAAGUGGACGUAGUGCUGUUGAAUCGCAGAUUGGAGAUGGGCUACACAUAGUAGAGUGGGUAAAGAAGAAGAUGGGAAGCUUUGAACCAGCUGUGACUAUACUUGACUCAAAGCUCCAAGGUUUGCCGGACCAGAUGGUGCAAGAAAUGCUCCAAACACUCGGAAUAGCUAUGUUUUGUGUGAAUUCAUCACCUGCUGAAAGGCCAACGAUGAAGGAAGUGGUGGCACUUCUUAUGGAAGUGAAGAGUCCACAGGAGGAAUCGGGGAAAACUUCUCAGCCCUUGAUAAAACAGUCCUCAAAUCAAAGCUGA